UUGAGAAGUGUCAAUACUGUCAAGUGUAAUUUUAAUAACUAAAAUUAAAAAUUAGCUUUUAAUGCAUAUUAAAUAACACUAAAAUGUGGCGUCCUACAAUCUUACGCAGAGUUGUGUUAUCUUCUAUUAAAGAAAAUAUUACAUUAUCUAAAUUUUUGUACUCUACUAAAAGCCGAACUCCCCGGUCGACCGCUAAGCUAACCCUCAUUAGUGCGAGUGUCGGUAUUUUGGUAGGAGCUGGGUAUGGCGGUUAUACACAUUAUAAAAUAAAUACCAAGAAAUUGUCUAGUUCAUCGGAUGAAGAGUUUGCAUUUUUGAAAGAUGCACCAGAGUAUAAGUCUCACUAUAAAGUAAUUAAUGAAGCUGACUCUAGUAACUUACAACUAGUAUUAUUCCAAUAUCAGACUUGCCCAUUUUGUUGUAAAGUUCGAGCCUACUUAGAUGCUCGUGGUAUUAGUUAUGAGAUAGUUGAAGUUGAUGCUGUUCUUCGCCAAGCUAUUAAAUGGUCAGGCUAUAAAAAAGUGCCAAUAUUACUGGCUAAAGUUGAUGGAGGAUAUCAGCAACUUUUAGAUAGCACUGCAAUUUUGUCUAUUUUGGAAACACAUAUAAGAGACAAGUCCUAUUCUUUGCGUGAUAUUGUAAAGUUUUACCCGGUCUCAAAAUUUGAAAAUGAUUCAGGAAAACCUACUACAGAUGUUACAAAUAAAUAUUUUAUUAUGCACAAUAGUGCUGUACCAGAUGAAAAACAGCGUGUUGCUGAGAUUGAAGAACGUGAAUGGCGGCAAUGGGCAGAUCGAGUGCUUGUCCACACUUUAUCACCAAAUGUGUACAGGACUGCUAGUGAAUCAUUAGAAACAUUUAAAUGGUUUGAAGAAGCGGGUGGGUGGAGAAACAACUUCCCCAGCUGGGAAUGUGCAGUAAUGGUGUACGUUGGUGCCGCAGCUAUGUGGAUUAUUGCUAAAAGAUUAAAGGCUAGGCACAAUAUACAAGAUGAUGUCCGUCAAUCUCUUUACAAUGCAGUUAAUGAUUGGAUGACUGUCAUUAAUAAAAAAGGAACGCCAUUCCUUGGAGGUAAAAAACCCAAUCUCGCCGAUAUAUCAGUGUAUGGUAUACUGAGCAGCAUUGAAGGUUGUAAAGCUUUUCAAGAUUUAAAGGAUAACACAGAUGUUGGUAAAUGGUUUGAUAACAUGAAGAAUAACAUGAAGGAGACUCGGGGAAGAAUGAUAACAGUCUAAUAGUAAGAUGAUCACUGUUAUUAUAGUAUAUGAAACUGCAGAUGCGACUUGGUUUUCAGUGCCCAUAGUUCAUGCUAAGUGAUAUUAAAGUUUUAGUUUCCUCUUUUGUUACAUAAAAAUUAUAAUUUUGGUUUGAUGUUCUUAUUUGUAUACUUUAUUAAAGUUAUUGAACAAGCCAAUCUUAUAACAUAAAUAUCUGGUAGAUAAAAUUGUUAUUAUCAUUAUUAUCAAAAGUUUAUCAACAGUCAUUAUAUUUAUGGAAUAUGUGAAAAAAAACGCGAAUAUUUUAUAGCGAAACAAUUCUGAAAGACUGACUUAGGGCAAAACUGCAUUGUUAAAUAAAAAAAAAAAUGUGAUUGCGAAGCCUAUGAAGAUUAUAUUAGUUGGUUUCAAACCAAGUCUGUGAAAGAGAAUAUUGGAACAAUGGUAAAUUUUCUUUAGUUAGUAAAGUUAUUUAUUCAAGAAUUAUUUAUGGUACAUAAUAAUAAAAAUCAUAUGUAUUGCCUUCAGUUUAUGCGCGAGACAUGCUUGGCGUAGUGUUGCUUUGAUUGAUCGUAAUAUUUGUAUAUUAUUUUUUAUGAUAUAAAUUUGAAUAUGAUGCAGUACCAACAUGACACUUAGAAUAUCCAACUAUGUUGCCUGCGAGUUGUGAAUUUGUUGCAUUAUUGGAAUUCGGUAAAACAUAUUCAGUGUCGAUUUGCGAAUUUUUAUCGGCUUUUUGUUUUUAUUAUAUAUAAUUUUUUUUUUCUAGAAUUGCUUCCCUAAAAAAAAUAAUCAUUUUUUUUAAUGUUUUGUAACAUAUUUGAUUUGCGUACAAAUUUUAAUACAAAAGGUUUCUUUCGUCUCUCUUUCAUAAAUAUUAACAGAUUGUUGAUGAAUUUUUGGUCUUUAUUUAUAUAUUAGAUUAAUCCUCGCUAGUGCGUAUUUAUAUUUGCAGU